CCCCACAACUAUUUCAUCUUCAAUACCUCCUAGUCACCGGUAUCCAUAGUCGUCAAGAUUGUGGAUUGGUUGUAACUACCGUGAACAGCGCAGCCUGACCAGCUAAGCCAAGCACAAGUGCAGCUCCGAGAAAUCCACAAACGUAAAUACAAUAUCUACCACCUCUACGAACAAUGCAGGAAAGAUUCCUUUUCCAUUUAUGAAAAUUCCGUGUCGAGACGGACUAAGACGGACAACUCAACUCUCUAAGAGAAGGAGGAAAAAGUGCCAUAGGCGUAGAAGACCCUCUCGAGAGGACACCUUGAUCCGACCCAUUGGUUAGGGGGAAUUCUUUGCUCAAUGAGCGUAUUGGGUCGAAUACUUUCCUCCCCCUUCGAAUCAUUGGGACUAAAACCCCUCCACUUGUAACGUCUCUUUUACUAAAGGCAGCUUGAGACUAGGUGUUGGGCCGUUAAAGAGCGUUCUCUCUCCUAACCGCAUUAAUUUUUCUGAAAUACACCCGAACUGACAUUUGCCAUCAAAAAAAGAAUAUAUUCAACACUGUUGAUUUAUUCAUUGCGAUAGCAUUUCUCCGAAUCAGAUCUGUGCCGAGGCGGUGCUGCACGGUUUUCUUACGGAGGGGACUCAAACCUGGUCGCCUAAGUUAACGCACAUCGAAUACUUCGCUCCCGAAUCCCUCCUAAUGAGUGAUUACUAUCAACAAUAUCUGCCCCCAGCGGCGGGGACUGAGGAGUCGCCAAACCUCAGCCCCCAAGAUGCCCAAUAUCAGCCUCAGCAACAUUCUACGCAUAUAGGAAACAUCAGCCCACCUUUAACAACACCAUAUCAAAAUCUAGGGUAUUUUACCGGCUUCCCUGAUCCAAUAAUGUUUCAAGCACCCAAAGCUCAAAGUAAUCGAAGUCGCAAAAAGUCCGCGUCUGGGGCGGAUCACGUCAAACAUCGCCGGACACGAUCGGGAUGUUACACUUGUCGAAGUAGAAGAGUUAAAUGCGAUGAAACCCAUCCCAUCUGUGAACGCUGUCGCAAAGGCAAGAGGGAUUGUGUAUAUCCCGAAGCCUCUUCUGCAAAGGGGCAAGCCACCGAGCCAGGCUCAUCGAAAGAUACGGGAACAUUGACUCAGGAGCCCAGUCCGAACUCUUCGCAAGACGAAGUGGACGAAGAAGGAGAAAAAAUUAGUAGGCUCGAGCCAAUCGUUGACGAAGAAGAACCGAGCGAGGCGUUGUCACCAUCUUCACACUCUUUAGCAGGAUUUCGGAGAACGAGUACGACAUCAAUCUUAAACGCUUACAGGACUACAACGAGACAAAGCUCCGAGACACCUUCCUUAGAGGGCACCAAGAGUGCUUCCCCGGCAAUUUCAACGGCUACCUCUGCAAGUAUUCCGAUCUCUUUCCAGAUUCCAGAUUCCUCUUUUCAGACAGCCGUGUCCCGCCCGGAUUGGUCUCACCUGCCGACAGACCUGCAGUCUCACCUGGCAUACUUCUGCGAACACAUCGGCCACUAUAAUUAUGGGCUAGUCAAUGAUACGGACAGUUUCUUCCCUUCGAUCCUCCCUAGCUUAGCCGUGCAAACUGGCAACGAAGCUCUUCUGAAUGCUGUUGCUGGAUUCUCGGCAUACCAUCGGACUGUUCGGAACCCCAAUGGCAAAAUCCAGGAUUUUUUGCGCUAUUACAAUAAAAGUGUUACAUUGUUGCUGGGCUACCUCAAGAGGCGAGAGAAACAGGGCGUUGCAACUCUAUUAACCAUCUUGCAGCUCGCAACUAUAGAGGAAUACCUAGGGGAUUGGGUAAACUUAAUGGGGCACCAGAGAGCUGCCUUCGAGAUUUUGACCCGACUAUUUACGCACCAGACGAUAAUGAAUACGCCUACAUCCCGAAUACUGUUAACUUGGUACAUUCGAUUCGACGUGUUCGUGGGAAUGAUGGGGGGAUUCGAAACGAAUUUACCGCGAGAUUGGUUUUCAGCAGUCGUACAGUAUUGCCAGAAACAUGUCGAAGGAAAUCCAGGGGACUUGGGGAUGAAAACAGAGCUCCACGCUUCUACUCUACGACUAAUUUCUAGGGAUAUGUCGAUGCUAUACGCUCAAGGUGGUCGGGGCGAGAUAUCGAGUGAUGAUUUCGCCACGGAGCACAAUCAUAUUACGGAGCGUCUCUACAAAUGGAGGUCUAAUCUAGAUCCUGCCUUGACUGAUGCAAAUUUUCUCGUAACCGAACUUCCGCAUAGAGUUCCACGUAGCGAAGACGACAUAGUCGACCCUCACAAGUUAGGCCUUCUCUACGAUUUUCCCCUAUUCUCAACAACCGAGUUAAUAGCAGAGUGGCAUUCCAUCCUUGUCAUGCACAAGAGCCAGGAGGCGUUCGCAUUGCAACAGAAGCCGUCAGAUGAGUUAAGGGGUUUGGCAUACGCUAUAUGUGAAUAUUUCGAAGCAGUAGAACUGUGGCCUUCCGCACCGAACGGCGCCCUCAUCCCGAUGCAAGCCUGCCUCGCUAUUGCGGCACUUUUCCUACCCCGGGACGCGAAACACCAUAUGUGGUUGAGGCGGAAAUAUGCAAUGUUGGAAUCAUUGGGAUAUAUCUUCCCCCUCACCGUACGAUCUCGAAUGGCAGAAAUAUUUCGCGAACCAUCUUGCAUACAGUGGUGGCUCCCUAACGACGAAGGGCUAAGUCCCGUAUUACGAAGUAUCCGUGCUUUUGCGGACGAGCGCAACGCGAAUCCUGUUUCCCAGCAAACCGAAUCUAUCAGAGAAAUUAGCGCUAUAUUCGCAAAGAUGCGCAUCGACCCCGAACACGAAGGAAUAUCGUCACCUGGCGGCGAAUCUAAUAGCGGUGCCUCCUCUUUCUGAAGUGCCGAUAUGGUAUCGGCGUGCAAGGGGGGGCGUUGUGCCGUGUGAAGAUCGGGAGGCACACAUAGAUACGAU